AUGGCGACAACACAAGCGGAGUCCGCAGCGAGCUUCGCGGAAGCCAUCGCGAUAACUCCCCUGUCAUCCCAUACGUACUCUGCGAACCUCCGCACGGAAUGGUGCAUCGGCACUGUUCCUCAUGGCGGUUAUGUGACCUCUAUCUUUUACGCCGUGGCCCGCAAACAUAUGAAAACCACCCAUCCAACAUACCACAAAGGCGCUCCAGAUCCCAUAACAGUAUACCUGACCUUUAUACGCCGGACAAAUAUUGGUCCUGCCCUGUUCACCGUCGUCGACACGAAGUUGGGUUCGCGUACGUCAACGCUACAUAUCACACUCAGCCAGCAGGAACCGGAAGGGAACCGCCGCGAAGAAGUAGCCGGAUACAUCACCGUAUCACAUAUAGCCAGUGAAGAAGGACCAAGCAUAGAGAGAGCUUUCGCAUUGACUCCUCCUGCGCCCCCUGUGGACUUCAAGCAGCUCACCAGCACUGGCCAGAGCGGCGAAUGGAAUGGGUUCAAAGUGGCCUUUGGUUCUAUGCGGAAGGCUAGUCGACAUGUUGAAUUUUACGCUCCUCCUACGUCUGCCAUGGCUUCCCGUGGGUUCGUUGAGCAAUGGGCUCGAUUCGCGCCUUAUGGAAAGGUGGAAAGGUGGACAGAUGAAGCACUAGGGUUUCUAGCCGACAUGUUCCCCAUGAUGCUUGAAUCGUUUGACGAUAAGCCGUGGGAUAAGAGGUCGAAAGAAGAGAAGGAGAAGGAGAAGUAUGCUGUUGGUAAAGAUGGCAAGCUAUCUCCCAAGGGCAAGUUCUGGUAUCCGACUAUCCUGUUAAAUUUGGAUGUCAAGAAGAAACUGCCUGCUGAAGGGGCAGAGUGGCUUUAUUCACGGGUCCAGACGAAGAAGCUACAUAACGGCAGGAUGGAUUUGGAUGUUAUUAUUAUGGACGAGAAGGGUGAGAUUGUUGCCUUAAGCAAUCAUGUUGCAUUGAUUAUUGGAGCAGAGAGAAACCUGAGUGCGAGAAAGGGAAGCGGAAAGCCCAACGGUGAGAGCAAGAUAUGA